CGAGAGCGAAACGGAACCAUACAUUUUCUUCUUCCCUCCAAAUCUCCGUUUGAUCGUUGCAUUCCAUAUUCCAGGAACCAGGCCUAGCCACGACCAUGGGCGACAUCGCCUCCGAACUGCCCUCGAAGAGAAAGUGUCUCGGAGUCGACUGUGACAAUGAUGCGGAAGCCUUGCAGUGUCCAACUUGCUUGAAGCUGGGUAUGAAAGAUAGCUAUUUCUGCUCCCAAGACUGCUUUAAGAAGAACUGGGCCGAACACAAGACCGUCCACAAAACGGCUCAAGGAAAGACACAGAAUGGUAUCUUCCGCAAAAUAAUCCCUCCGAAGGUUGUCUCUGAACCCGAUCCAGUUACCGGUCUUUACAAUCCUUUUCCGACCUACUCCUUCACCGGGUCGGUUCGACCGGUCUAUCCGCUGUCUCCGAUGCGUACCCUUCCUAAGUCGAUCAGACGCCCUGACUGGUCUGAGACCGGUAUUCCGAAGGGAGAACGGCGCUUAAGCCGGACAAAGAUUGAUAUUCUCGAUGCUAAGGGGCAGGAGGCCAUGCGCAAGGUAUGCCGUUUAGCUCGGGAGGUAUUGGACAUUACCGCAGCAGAGCUCAGGCCGGGCAUUACCACUGAUUACCUGGACGAGAUCUGCCACAAGGCUUGCGUCGAACGCGAUGCCUAUCCUUCGCCCUUAAACUAUAACCAUUUCCCCAAAUCGCUGUGUACGUCCCCGAAUGAGGUGGUUUGUCACGGGAUUCCAGAUCAGCGGAUCCUUCUCGAUGGCGAUAUCCUGAAUCUUGAUAUCUCCUUAUACCACGGAGGAUAUCACGCUGAUCUGAACGAAACGUAUUAUGUGGGUGACCGAGCCAAGGCCGAUCCCGACUCAGUCCGGGUGGUAGAAACAACACGAGAGUGCUUGGAUAUGGCAAUUGAGCUCGUGAAGCCUGGUACCCUGUUCCGAGACUUUGGCAAGGUUAUUGAGAAGCAUGCAAAGUCCCGAAACUGUAGUGUCCACGCAACCUGGGGCGGCCAUGGUAUCAACACCGAAUUCCACCCCCCGCCAUGGAUCCCUCAUUAUGCAAAGAGUAAGGUGCCAGGAGUGUGUAAACCUGGAAUGACUUUUACUAUUGAGCCUAUUCUGACACUGGGAAAACCUCGGGAAAUCUAUUGGCCCGAUGACUGGACUAACGUAACGGUGGAUGGUAAACGGACGGCUCAAUUUGAACACACCUUGCUGGUUACCGAAACUGGGGUCGAGGUCUUGACGGCAAGACUGGAAGACUCUCCCGGAGGCCCGAUUCCGAUCCCCACGACCGACAAUGUGAAUAGCGCAUAGUCCACGUCGUACAGCACGGAUUAAAUAACAUAGUAGGGUAUGGAAAGAUUAGUCAGAUGAAAUGGAUAAAGCACGGUAGCACGUAGGCUAGAUCGAAUAACAUCAGGAGAGGAAAGUCCCCAGGAAGGAAGACUGAUGCCAACGUGGUUGCAGGGCAUGUGGGAGUGAGAUGACUGAACGCUCUUCACAUUCUCCCGAGGCUUUGGGGGUCGUCCGCGCGCUCUACGGAGCCAAUAGUCCCACAGCGCAUUUGCA